GUCUCUUGUAGAAAGUAAAAGCUUCCUUAAUUCACGUCAAGAAUCCAUUCCUCCAUUAUUUCACGCAGUUCCAUAAACCAUCACAACCCCAUUUCUCUCUUCCUCCGUUUCUCUUAUCUCUCUCCGUACUCCUCUUUCUCUGCUUUCUCUCAUGGCAAAUGUUGUGGAAGUGAAAGUUGGUUUGCACUGUGACGAUUGUAUCAAGAAAAUCCUCAAAGCCAUAAAGAAGAUAGAAGACAUUGAAACGUAUAACGUGGACACAAAACUGAACAAGGUGAUCGUUACUGGCAACGUCACAACAGAAAAAGUCAUCAGAGUCCUUCAAAAGAUUGGCAAGAAUGCAAUUGCCUGGAAAGAUGAUCAAAGCAUAACUCAGUAGUUUAGGGUACCGCACUCAUCCAUCAUUUUUCAUACUAUGUACGGUGGAAUUUAAUAAUCUAUAGAUUGUGAACUGUUUAAUUAUAUUAUUAAAUUUCAAUUGCAACA